AUAGCGAUACAGAUAGGACGCGCGAGGAUGUUCCUGUUGUUGUAAAAUCAACCAUGAUGUGCGGUUACGUUAUAAUAAUAGCGAUGAAAUAGCAAACGCCGUCAAAAACAAGGUGGAAGUGAAUGUAUCUCGAAAAUGUUGAUAUCGGACAACUACGCGAUUAAAUUCGUUAAGAUGGUGUAGACAUUACGUAUAUAACGAAAUAUACCUGUGACGAAGCAACAUUUUGAAAACAUUCAUCGCGGUGUUUGAUCUCCUCUUCAUUUAGAGAUCAAUUCAAAAAAAAAAAAAUGGAAAAAAAAUGUACUAAUAGAGGUAUAAUAGAGGAGGAGGAGCUCGAAGAUUCUGAAAAUAUAAUAAUUAAUGAAGUGGAUGGUUUACCAAAUUUACAUCCAAAUUACGAACAAUUAGAGUUCGAAUUUGAAAGAGAAAGACAUGAUACAGAUAUGAGAUCAAUCGAUGAGUUGGUUCAUGAUGAAGACUUACCAACUUCUGUAAUUGUUACUAAUGUUGAUCCUCGCGUUUUUAAGAAUGAUGAUUUAAAGCCAGCCAUAGAAAAUCUUUUCAAGCAAUUUGGAGAAGAUGCUACAUUUCAGUACUUUAGAUCCUUCAGAAGAAUGAGAGUAAAUUACAGUUCUCCCAAUGCUGCCGCAAAUGCAAGAUUGCAUUUGCAUCAAACACAUUUUGGGGAAACUGAUAUUAAUUGUUAUUUUGCACAACCAGUGACGCCUAUAGAUAUGGAAGAUCAGCAUCUCCAACCACCUGCUCUUACCAAACAGUUCCUCAUAUCUCCUCCCGCUUCUCCGCCGGUUGGUUGGCAACCACGUGAGGAAGGAGAGCCGCUUGUUAAUCACGAUCUAUUAGCCGCUAUAGCCAAUUUAUCCACAGGUGGAACUCACGAGAUACAUCCAGGAGGAUCAGGACAACCGGGCAUAGUCGUGCAUGUUUGUGAAAGUGCGAGUUCGGCACCGAAUGCGCCUCGCAUUCAACACACGCGUUGCCCGGAACACUAAUUUUUUCUUUUCCCGUGUUUUUUAAAUUAUCAUACAUUAAUAGAGUCUUAUAAUCUGCAGAAUAAUUAGGCUCGAACUGAAAGAAGAGCACAUUUAGUGAACGAUUUUAAAUUAAAAAGUAUUAUUAUAUUAAGGCUAUAAUUCACACAUCCAAUUGUGUGGCUAGUAUUCAAAUGAUGAAAAAAGUGAUGCAUUGUAAAAAGAUUGACAGUUUGCAGACAACGAUGGUCUGGUACCUAAUAUUUACCAAGCUUCCCACGGGUAGCGGUGAUUUAUAAAUAUCCAUUGUUAUAUACUGAUCAAAAAAUAGAAUUUAAAAUUGUGUUUGUACAUUGAGAAAAUUUGUGAAUUGCUUAGUUAUUAAUAGAUUUAUUUCUUAUAACAUAUAUGUGAGUUGAAAGAAUUCCAACAGUUUGGCCUAUAUAUAUUGUUUCUACAUUAAUUCCUUAAUCAUUAAUUAUGUCAAUAUAUCGUACAUAUCGUGAAAAAUUAUGUCCGUCGUGAUAAAAUUAAAAAUCGAUGAAUCAAAGACGGAAACUGUUGAAGAUAAGAUUUUGCAAUUCUACCUCUCAUUGUCAGUGUGUUAUUUCUAUUCUUAAACAACACAUAAUUUAAAACACAAUAUUGUUGUAAAUCCAUGAAAGAUGCUAAUAUUAGAAUAAUCGAUACACAGAAUCAAAAAUUUGGAGUGUUAGGUUUAAUGGCUAUAUUUUAUUAUAUCUUUUUCUUUUCCUCUUUUUUGAAAAUGCUUUCAAGAUUAUUUUUUUGUAUUGUGAAUUUUCAAACGCGUGCAUGUGAGAAAAAAUUUAUGAAAAUAUAUGACAUUAAUAUUGUAUGUGUGAUAUGUAUGUGUAUACGAAUGUAUCAUUCUAAAAAUAUUGUGUGAUUCUUUGUUCUGUGUGUUUUCUAUAGGAGAAGCUACAAUUAGCUUGAACAUUACAUGCUUAAUCUUAAAUCUAUAUCUAUGAUCUCUUGUCAAUGAAGUUUCCAAAAUCCUAUUGUUAUCACUUUGCUCUUUAAGGAUUAAGUUGGCAAAAAAAAAAGAAAAAAAAAAAAGAAUAGAGGAUAUUGUAUGAUACCGUAUGUGAUCAUAUCAGUGUUAUGCUGAUUUACACAACGGCAGUGGUGAUUGUGUAUAUGUAUAUAUACUGUUCUGUAUGUGUGAAACAUAUAAUUACUGUUAUUGCAAGAUUUGUGACCUAAAAAUAAUUGUUGAAUAUUUAUAAAUACUUUAUAGUAACACACUUAUUUUUAUAUAGUGUGUAGUAUCGUUUGUAUCCUGGUGAUGAAAAAUGUUGUAAAACCGUUUUGCUGCAUCA